AUGUACGACAGAGUACCGAAUCACAAACUGACAACGUGGGUGAACCGCUGCAGCGAAGAUUUAGAAUGUCUGGACCUAGAAGAGGAACAACCGUUAGCAGAACUGAGCUCCAUGCAGACAGACAAGUUGACCUUAUUCUUCACAGAACUGUUGGACCACGACCGCGAUGACGUCAUAUGCGACCAAGACUUCGACCAAUUCUUCGAGAGGUUGGCGCACUUCGCCGACUGGUCGCCAAACUCGUCGGAGUUCCACAUACUUCUCGAGGUGAAGCGAGAAUUUAUAGACCACUUCAUCAACCCGUUGCCCGCCAAAUUUGCUGAGCUGCCAUACUACAGAAGGGUGUGCGGUCCAGAGGCAAGUGGUAUCAACAUACCUGGUCGCACGACUUUAGAAGGCUGGCUGGCUCGAUGGGCGUUACACCUAAGUACAAUGAAGCGGUUCACGGACCUGCCACUAUACCUGCAAUACCUCUGCAAAAUACUCUUCCACGUGGUAGAUAGGACAAGCACAGGGGCGAUAACAAAACCAGCACUUGCAGCGUUCUAUCGCUCCGUAAUCGGGCUCAACACCAACCGCGUGGACGAAAUAAUAGACACAGCAUACGAUAGAAUGACAAGCAACGGCUACCUAAUACUUGACUACGGGACAUACGUGCACUGCUUCACAAACUGGCUGAUGGGGAAGAAUCCCAACGGCCCUGGGCAAUGGGUUCUCGUUCCUCCGAAGGAUUCCCUUCCACAGCCGCCCUUCCCUGUCGACUACAGCGCUCUGAACACAGAACCCGCAAAGCUGGAGCCUUACGCCCCCGAUAAGAAGACAAACAGACAUUCCGUUAUAGUUUAA